AUGUUCAAAAAGUUGAAAGACAAGAUCAAGGGUGAUGACAGUUCCACAAGACCUUCAUACGGGACGGAUGACCACAACCAGAACUCGAAUAAUCCUUAUUACAACUCGCCCCAAGAACAACAACACAACAUAGCGCCAACGGAAAAGUACCAAGCCCCUCCUGGCCCGCCACCAAACCAGGCUUCAUCAUCGUCCAAGUCUGAGUACUCUGCACCUCUAGGACCCCCACCACACCGCGGAUCUUCGUCGUAUACUGCACCUCCCGGACCUCCGCCUAAACGCGAGUCCUCAGGCUACGCACCUCCAGCGGGACCGCCUCCUUCGUACCCGCAGCAACCGCCUCCUAGUUGGGAUCCUCCGCCAUACCAUGAUUGGACCGUCAUUCCUGACACUUCACUUUUGCCUCCGCCACCGUCGAUGGGCUACGAUAGUUCCCCUACUGCCAACGCGUCUACCGAGGAAGGUGAUCGUGCCUUGGCUUGGACGAACAUGAACCCAUUAUGGCCACCACAAAAUCUCCAGCCCAGCACUCAUGCUGCGAUUCAGAACGGUCAGCUCGCUUUGUUGAAGGCGCCAUCUUAUCUGGGUGAUCUACUUCCUCAACCUCAAGCUGGGCAUUGGCGGUGUCGCACCCAUGCCAAGUGCAGAGACUCAAGCGUCCUCACGAAUCUACCCAUGUAUAGCGUGUUCUGGGACUCACCACUCAACACGCAGCGCUCCAAGACUAUCUAUUUCGAGCUAAAAGUUAUUGGCAUAGGUCGUGGUGGUAUCUCCUUCUCAGAAGCAGACGCUGGCAUUGCCAUAGGCUUUGUCGCACCACCGUAUCCCACCUUUCGUCUUCCAGGUUGGGAGCGUGCCAGUCUUGGUGUGCAUGGUGAUGACGGGAGGAAGUAUGUCAACGAUGCAUGGGGCGGCAUCGACUUCACCUCAGCUUUCAAGCCUGGUGAUACUGUGGGUAUCGGGAUAACCUUCUCAGUUCCCCGGAACCCACCCUCAUAUGAAGAGUCGCAGCAGGGAAGGAUGUUGGAUAUUGAUGUUUUCUUCACGCGCAAUGGAGUGAAGGAAGGCGGCUGGGAUGGCAACGAGGAGCUUGACGUGAGGAGCGAGGGAGGCAACACUGGGCUGAGAGGAGAGUGUGAUCUUUUCCCGGCAAUCGGUGUGUUUGGUGGUGUAGAUUUCGACGUCUUCUUUCAUCCAUCGCAGUGGCUCUAUCGUCCGUAUUGA